UCCUAGCUAUAGCUGAACGAAGCCAUGUGAGGAUCUGUAAAAUGGCGGCGCAGUGGCGUGGAAAAGAUGCGCUUAUAAUCACCGGCAACACGGACUUUCUGACCGCAAACACAUUCAAUGAGGCUGUCCUGGGUAAAGGGGAAGUCAGUGAUCUGGAAAUGGACACUCACUCCUGCCUGGACCCUUCCAUCCUGGCUAUGUUUGAAGAUUCCGCCGUAGCUGCAGAGACUAGGAGCAGACUAGAUGAGGAGAGUGAGUCCACGUUGUUGACUGCUCUAACGGAGAUCCUGGACAGUGUUGACGAUGAGACCCUGUCUCCCUUUGACACCCUGCCUGACACUGGGCUCUUCUCUGACCAGAGGCUACGGGACAACUCCCGGUGGGGUCUCCACCUGAAAAGAAGCACUCUUUCGUUCCAUAAAGACCCCCUCUUCAUCUUCAUCCCCUCUUCCUCUGUUGGAAAGGUUGAGACAGUCAUUCCAGACAGACCCUGGAGGGCUGGGCUGACUCCGAGAGCCCAGGGCUCUUCCACAUCCACACAGAGGAGCGAUGGAGAGGAGGAGGAGGGCGGCAAGGUCCACAUUCACAGCCCGCCUCACGGCUUCAAUCAGGACUCGGGAGAACUCUCCCUCGACCGAUCACAAGUGAGAGCGCUGAACUCUGUAGAGAAGGACCAUGGCUACUCCUGUACAGUGUCCCUGGUGGACCUGGUGAAACUCAUGCACCCCUACUGCCUGAGGGUGUGCCUGGAUGAGGAGGGGAAGGACUGGGUCAGCACAUCCAGGCAGGAGGCCUCCUCCCUGGGGGAACGGAGCGCGGACCAGAGUGUACCCCUGGAGGGCGAGGUGUGGAGGUAUACGAAGCCUGGUUCGGAAGAGAGCGACGAGGAAAUUGAUGUGGACGGAUCAGAUGACGAGUGUCCCUCGGUAGGAGGGAUGAAGGAUGAGAAAGAGGGGGAUGGAGAACAGGGAAGUAAAGGUGAAGAAGUGAAGCAACUAAAAAGUCUACUUGUGAAGUGGGACGGGCCCACAGAAGGCCAGAAGACCAAGAACAAAAAGAGUGAGCUUCGGACCUGUCCUGGUGACAUCCUACGAGCUACCAGCAGCAGACGAACCUGACUUAAACGUGCUCCCGGACUUGAGCGAGCUCACCAGCCAAAUCCCCAUUUUUGACACCAAAACAACGACCAUUUCCCUCACCACAUCCUCUCCGGAGUCUUCAGCAGCAUCUUCAAAGGACAGCCAGCAUCAGGUUGUAACUGACUUGUCUGAAAGGACCAGAGAAAUG